GAGUGGGCUCAUUUGGUGGCACAGGCUGUCAGUCAGUGCGUGUGCUCACUCUCCGGCUUUUGUCUGAGCAGCUCUGAGAUCCAGCAUCGUUCAUUCAUCACCGAAAUGAAGCGACUUUGGCUCAUAGGCCUACUUUUCACUCUCUUAGCCUUUGCUGCUGUAAAGGCAGAAGAUGACGAAGUUGACAUUGAUGGGACAGUGGAGGAGGAUGUGGGGAAAAGCAGAGAUGGCUCCAGAACAGAUGAUGAGGUGGUGCAGAGAGAGGAGGAGGCCAUUCAGUUGGAUGGGCUAAAUGCAGCUCAGAUUAAAGAAAUCCGAGAAAAAUCUGAGAAACAUGCCUUUCAGGCAGAGGUUAACCGAAUGAUGAAGCUUAUUAUCAACUCCCUCUACAAGAACAAGGAGAUCUUCCUUAGGGAACUGAUCUCCAAUGCCUCUGAUGCUCUGGACAAGAUCCGCUUGUUGUCUUUGACUAACGAAGAUGUCCUAACUGGAAAUGAGGAGCUGACAGUCAAGAUUAAGUCUGAUAAAGAGAAGAACAUGCUUCACAUCACUGACACCGGUGUUGGAAUGACCAAAGAAGAACUGGUGAAAAACCUGGGAACCAUCGCCAAGUCUGGCACAAGCGAGUUCUUGAACAAGAUGACAGAGAUGCAGACUGACGGACAGUCCACCUCGGAGCUGAUUGGACAGUUUGGUGUGGGUUUCUACUCUGCUUUCCUCGUCGCUGACAAAGUCAUUGUGACAUCAAAGCACAAUAAUGACACCCAGCACAUCUGGGAGUCUGACUCCAAUCAGUUCUCUGUCAUUGAGGAUCCUCGUGGGGACACGCUUGGCAGAGGAACCACCAUCACGCUGGUUCUGAAAGAGGAGGCCUCAGACUAUCUGGAGCUGGAGACCAUUAAGAAUCUUGUCAGGAAAUACUCUCAGUUUAUUAACUUCCCCAUCUACGUUUGGGCCAGCAAGACUGAGACAGUUGAGGAGCCAAUCGAUGAAGAUGCUGAGGCCACAGAGGAACCAGAGAAGGAGACCGCUGAAGAUGAGGCUGAGGUAGAGGAAGAGGAGGAGGAGGACAAAGACAAACCAAAAACAAAGAAGGUUGAGAAGACUGUGUGGGACUGGGAGCUGAUGAACGACAUCAAGCCCAUCUGGCAAAGACCGGCUAAGGAAGUGGAGGAGGAUGAAUACAAGGCGUUUUAUAAGACUUUCUCUAAGGAGAGCGACGAUCCCUUGGCCCACAUCCACUUCACAGCUGAGGGUGAAGUUACCUUCAGGUCCAUCCUUUUUGUGCCCACCUCAGCUCCGCGUGGCCUCUUUGACGAAUAUGGCUCAAAGAAGAACGACUUCAUCAAGCUUUUUGUCAGAAGAGUUUUCAUCACCGAUGACUUUAACGACAUGAUGCCCAAGUACUUGAACUUUGUCAAGGGAGUGGUUGACUCUGAUGACCUUCCACUAAAUGUCUCCAGAGAAACUCUGCAGCAGCACAAACUGCUUAAGGUGAUACGCAAGAAGCUCGUGCGCAAGACUCUGGACAUGAUCAAGAAGAUUGCAGAGGAGCAGUACAACGACAAGUUCUGGAAAGAGUUUGGAACCAACAUCAAGCUGGGCGUCAUUGAAGAUCACUCCAAUAGGACCCGUCUGGCCAAACUGCUGCGUUUCCAGACCUCCAACAGCGAGAAAGACGUGUCUAGCCUGGAGCAGUAUGUGGAGCGCAUGAAAGAGAAGCAGGACAAGAUCUACUUCAUGGCUGGAACCAGUAGGAAGGAGGCGGAGUCUUCUCCUUUUGUUGAGAAGCUGCUGAAGAAGGGCUAUGAAGUGAUCUACUUGACAGAGCCCGUGGACGAGUACUGCAUCCAGGCGCUGCCCGAGUUUGACGGGAAACGAUUCCAGAAUGUGGCGAAGGAGGGUGUCAAGUUCGACGAGAGUGACAAGGCCAAAGAAAAGAGGGAAGCCGUGGAGAAGGAGUUUGAACCUCUGACAACAUGGCUGAAGGACAAUGCACUGAAAGACAAGAUUGAGAAGGCCGUCCUCUCCCAGAGGCUCACCAACUCACCCUGCGCUUUGGUUGCCAGUCAGUACGGCUGGUCAGGAAACAUGGAGAGGAUCAUGAAGGCACAGGCUUACCAGACAGGAAAAGACAUCUCCACAAACUAUUAUGCCAGCCAGAAGAAAACAUUAGAAAUCAACCCUAAACAUCCUCUCAUCAAGCAGAUGCUCAACAGAGUCUCUGUUGACCCAGAGGACCAGACUUCUUCUGAUCUAGCCAUGGUUCUGUUUGAGACGGCCACACUUCGCUCAGGCUACCAGCUGGCUGACACUAAGGACUACGCAGACAGGAUAGAGCGCAUGCUCCGUCUCAGCAUGGACAUACCUGUGGACGAACAGGUUGAGGAGGAGCCUGAGGAGGAGCCAGAGGAAGAGCCAGAGGAGGAGCCAGAGGAUGGGGCAGAGGAGGAGUCAGCAGAUGAUGACUCACAAGACAAAGAUGAAAUUGUAGAUGAGGAUGUAGAUGAAGAAUCGACAAAAAAAGAUGAACUGUGAAGCACUGAAUGAAACGUCAUAAAUAAUGGCGCUCCAGCAGGACCAGGGUCUUGUUUUGGUGCCACUGUGGUUAUGGGUGGGGUCCCAGGGUUGGGUUUUUUUUUUAAGGAGGUUUUUUUUUUUUUUUUUUACAUUCCUCAUGACUGUAAAUUUGUUAAUAUUUAACUAACUUGUUUAUGAUGGAAAAAUGCGAUCCUGUCUCUUGAUCAAAUAAAUGUUUCCUGGAGAACAGA